CUUGAGCACGGGACGGGUGGCGUAUUGGCAGCGCUGCCUUCACUGCCAUGUGGACAGAGAGCAGCGGGCGUGCAAUGAUUGCAAGGCUUUGGAGCGAUUUGCCUUUCUUGAACAAGGUGAUGCUGCUUCAUGGCCUCUUUGACAUCGUGGCCCCAAAUCCAAUGACGGCUGCGCCGGUGUUUCGUCUUGUGGACCUACAAUUCAGGAGCAAAAAGAAACGUGGAUGGGCUUGGCUUUUUGCAAUGCUGGGCUGCAUGAAAAUCCGUAGCGCCUUUGCUGAUGAGUUGACGGCCAAGCGCGUGGCCGGUACAGCAUAUCUGUGGCAGGCGCUUUCCAUUUCGAUAGAGGGCUUCUGGCACCAGAGCAUUCCACGGCCCACCAAAGUGCUGGGCACUACCAUUGCCUUCUGUGCAGCGAUGUUCGCUUGGUUGCAGCUGCGGCGACCGGAACUGCGGCGACCGGAACUGCCCACACCGCAGACACCGGCACCCACUGCGCCGCCUGAAGAGUUGGUGAAGUCCUGAAGUGAUGGAUGCCAACUAUGUGUCACCGCUACCAUUAGGGAAGAAGCCGUCCAGAAGAACAAGAUGCUUCGCUCCUUCGUCGAAAGUUGUAGCUUGUUGUGUUUUGAUGUGCUUUGUUCUUUACUUUUGGAAUUGGAACCUUCAUUCUCCCGCCCAAAAGAUUGUUUUUUCCCAUUGUACACUGACUCUGUAGCAGGUUUCUGUUAUUUGCGCUUCUUGAACAGUCGUCCCUGUAAA